UUUUACCAGUAUAAGCAAAAGGAUUUAUUACUCUUUUUUUUUUUUUUAGAAGUAAACUUAGUUCAGAAGUAAGAUGCUUAAAUCGCUUCUUAGUUUCCACAAGUUGCAGUUGCAAUCAUAAUAAAAGGGGAUGCUGAGAACCAGUUACCCAUGUUUGUGCUUUUGAAGACAUUGCAUGCUAUCCAAAACCACUAAAGGGUGGCUGGGUAAAUGUAACCCAUUGGCAUUGUACCAUUGCAAUAGGUCCUGUAUUAACCAGCCUAAUGCUUUAGGGUUUCUGAUUCUUAAAAAAUACUUCGAAAAAUAACUAUUAGUAUACUUUGCUUAAAUGAAAUAUGAGUAUAAAUAUUUGCAUUGUCAUUUUAUUGUAUUACUUAUCCACAUGUCUAAGUACAAUGCAACUCUAUGCUGAGUUUUCAUCUAGCAAACUAGUGUCUCCUAGAACUUGAGAUUAGUGAGAUUUAUUAAACAGAAGGAGCAACAUUUUUUGCCACAGUUUUGAUGUUGAAGCACAGACUUGUUCAUUAUUUAUAUAAGUAGUCUUAUCAACUUUAAUGGGAUUAAGAGUCCCGAUGUGAAUCACAGGUUCUGAUCCUCUGAAAAGCUUUGUUGAAGUUUAGGUGAACCUUUGUUAACAAUAUAUUUCACUAUUUUCUAAUUAAUGAUAGUCUGGAUAUGUUGAAGGACAUGGAUGAUAAACUGUUUUACAUAAUUUUACCAGCAUGGAUUUGGAACAUUGUUUGAAAGUAGCAAAACCAGGGGUGAAUUAUGUAGUUCAUUCUCAAGUUUUGCUGAUUAUUCCCUUUUUGAGAUACUGGGAUAUAACACAUUCUGUAAAUGCUGUAUAGGAGAGUGAAGACACUGUAGAGAUGCUUCUUUGGGGCACCAAAUUAUUAUUGCCAUUAUUCUUGUAAAGUCAGGUAUUUCAGCUAACAUAACUCAAAGCAUAUGGCGCUCAGAAAGAGGACAAAUAUUUCCUGGCUAUGUGUAAAUCUCCUUUUUCUCCUCCCUCAGCCCCUAAAACAGAUAUGCAUGUUUUCUAUCACCAGUGAUGUUCCAACUUGCAUCUGCUCUCACCGUCUUUACAGAACUAGAAAUAAAUUCAUAGCUGCCUAAUUUUGUACAACUUCAUGUACGGCAGCUUCUGAAAAAUACAGAUUUAUUCAACACAAUGUUAAAUGUGAUGAAUGCUACCUAACCGACAGUAAUUUCUUUUUCUUUGCGUGCAUGGGCCUUCUCAGAGCAGUUGGAGCAAAUGUGGUCAGGCAAGACCUCAUUUAUUUCACAAAGGCGAAGAGUACAAGGGUUGUGCUCAGGGUGUGAAGUGAAGAUAUUCUAGAAGUAUGAAGCAGAAUAACAAUGUGUAGCUCUAGAGUGGAAGUUCUUGUCUCUAACUUGUUCCCUUUGUCUUUAUCAUUGCAGCAGCAUAAGUACUUUCCCUUCUCUUGUUUCUUGCCUGUGGGGCACUGUCUCUGCUAAAGCCAUCUGCCACUCCGUGUCAUUUUAUUGCAUGCAGUUGACAGCUGCAGGUGGGAAACAGGGUGGUUAGAAGGGAGCUGAGAUCCCAUUCAUUGGCUACCAGAGACCUCUGUUGGCAAGAUAAGGGAGAAAAGUUUAAUUGUAAGAAAUGGAUGCUAAAGGAUUACAAGGAGAAGAUAAACUGAAGAUGCUCAUAAUUUUACUAACAUAUUUGCUAAGUAGGGUAAUCUGUGAGACUGGAGAUUGCAGAGAGCAAGAAUUUAGGGACCACACUGGAAACUGUAUCCUCUGCAAGCAGUGUGGGCCUGGAAUGGAACUCUCAAAGGAAUGCGGCUUUGGGUAUGGGGAGGAUGCACAGUGCAUGACAUGCAGGCCAAACAGAUUCAAGGAAGACUGGGGCUUUCAGAAGUGCAAGCCUUGUCUGGAUUGUGCCUUAGUUAACCGGUUUCAGAAGGCCAACUGUUCUGCCAUCAGCAAUGCACUAUGUGGAGACUGUUUACCAGGAUUUUAUAGGAAGACUAAGCUUGGAGGCUUUCAAGAUAUGGAGUGUGUUCCUUGUGGUGAUCCUCCUCCUCCCUAUGAGCCUCACUGUACCACCAAAGUAAAUCUUGUGAAGAUCCCGUCAACUGCUUCCAGUCCUCGAGACACUGCACUAGCAGCUGUUAUAUGCAGUGCCCUUGCAACUGUGCUCUUAGCUCUCCUUAUUCUUUGUGUUAUCUAUUGUAAGAGGCAGUUUAUGGAGAAGAAACCAAGCUGGUCUCUGAGAUCACAAGACGUUCACUACAAUGGCUCUGAAUUGUCAUGUUUUGAUAGACCACGGCUAAAUGAGUAUGACCACAGAACAUGUUGCCAGUGCCAGAGAAGCACAUCACAGACAUGUGGACCAGUUCACUUGAUUCCAUCACUGUGCUGUGAUGAAAACUGUAGCAUGGAACACAGCAGUCAGAGUUGUGCUUUCCACUCACAGACUACGCUUAAUGAAAGGGCUUCUGAUUCUGUUGGAGAAAUGAUUCCUACCUUCCUUGGAUCACUUUCACACUCUACCUGCGGAGACAUUCCAGAUGCUUGGCCUCUUAUGCAAAACUCAGCUUGUUGUGACAGCAUUUCUUUCUGUGAAUCAUAUUCAGAACUGGCUGGAGGAUCCGCAAAAUCCUGCAGUACUGAGACUGAAAAUGCAGCCACUGCUGAGUUGGAUAAUGACCAGGAACUAAGUGAAGUACUUAUUUCAGCUAAGACUCUUGAUGGAAAUGCUGCAAAGUCCUUUGAAAUCUCCAAACAUAGAACAUGCAUAGAAGUUUCAUCACUUCAGUAUGCAGAGGCUGCUGAAAACCAGCCAAAGACAAAGUAUAAUGGAACAGAAAAUGACUCUACAGACUGAUAAAGAGGAAACCAAGCUGUUCCUCUCAACACUAAAGAUGAACGCUUCCCUUAUGCUCCUCUGCUGAUUCUCACCAAACUUAGUCCAGUCUUCAAUGCUUCACAGUUUUAAAACCAGCCAGGAAAAAAAAAGGUCAUCAUUUCACACCUUCUGGGCAGUUGCAUCUGAGCUGCAACAGCUGUAAAGUGAAAUUUCAAGGAGCAUCCUAGGAGAACCCUGAAAAUGGAUUUAUGACCUUUUGCAUCAGUUUUAAAAAAGAACCUUCUAUUCCCUCGUAUUCUCAAAAAGUCUAAUGGAGUGAGCUUAAAAGUAUAUGUAAAUACAGCAAGCAAUAUAAAUACUUCAGUGUGUUUAGGUGGGUAUCGUAAAUAUGGCUACGGAUGUCAGAAGGCGUGGGACAGGACGUUGCCAAUUAUUCUGCUUGCAGAUUUGUGCAUGUGUUAGGAUUUUUUUUGGCUGGUUCUAAUUUUAAAUCAGUUUCCUUUCCAACUCUAACUAUUCUAUGAUUCUAUGAUUCCUGCUGUUGAAGGACUUAAAAAAACAAACAUUUCUAUUUAUGCAAGGAUCAUCUAUUGAUAAACUGAAGCUUUUCUUAUAUAUUACAUUAUAGUCAAUAAGCUAGUUUGGGGAGCUAAAGAAUUUGCAUGUUACAAUAUGUAUGGUUGAAGUCCCCUUCACCCAACUAUUACAUUUGUGGGAGGGGGUAUUGUUUUGUUAAAUAUAUCAGGAGAUUAGCUCUAAAUUAGAUUUAGUUUAAUGAAAGUCAGCCAUAUAGAUAGGGAUGUUACGUUUAAUUGGUAGUCUCAGUAUUGGAAUACAGCACUUGUUGUUAUAGCAUGUAAUUUUGGGAUGUUGAAAUAAAUGUAAUCAACUGUCACAUCAAAAUGAUAGUCUAUAGGAGGUGCCCUGAAAGUAUUCAGACAAGGAGACUAUUACCAAUAUUUUUUAGUAACGCAUUAUUUUUAAGAGUCAAGCUUCAUGUUGACCAAAUUCGUUUAUUUAGCAGACAUAUUCAUUCAUCUUACUCUACCUUCUCACUGUAGUAUUGUGUAGAUUCAUUUUUGCCACACAAAAUACAAAAGCUGCUUCAUAAUAUUUACAAAAAAUCCCUCUGAAUUGAAUCCUCAGUCGUGUGCAUGCCUAGCAAAGUAUCAGCUCUCUGCUUUCACUGCUGUUCUGUAAGAUUUUUUAAAACGCAGUUUGUUGCACCCCAUCCCAUAAUACCAUUUUUCCUGCAGCCAUUUUAUCCCUAAAAUAGUUCUCGCUUCUGUGAGUAAGCCCAAUAACCUCUACUGAUUCAUUACAUUCAACAGGCUCCAACUUGUUGGUGAUGAACUCUAGCAAUUAUUCUUUUAAGUACCCAAUGUGCCUUGACAAAAGCAAAGCAAUCAGCAAAACAAAUGCAAAUUUGCAAUAAAUAUUACUCAUCUUUCCACACAUGGUUUGUGUGGCAAUGGAAAUGUUAAGACAGUAUUCAUAUUCCAUAAUGGAAAAACACUUUUGCUUUGAAGCAUGCAGUAGAAGGUUGAACCUGCACAAGAAUAGCUGAAGCCAGUUGUAGGCAGCUGAGGCAGUAAAAUGCUUCAGCUUUUCACCAGUGAGAAUAUUCAUGUGUGCAGAAAUCAUGAGUGUAGUUACCAAAUUCAAACCAAAGGGAGUGAAGAAAUUAUGUAAGUGAUUUUUUUUUUUUCAGUCAUUAAUAGCACUAUUUGGUCAAUGACAGAAUAAUAUGUAGUUACAGUACAGUACAGUACAGUAUGGAGUACAAUUAGCUAAAUACUGGAACAUAUAUAUUCUAGUAAGAGUAGUUUUGAAUUAGUUCUUUGGAUACUUUCAUACAUUUAAGAAAUUACAAAAUAUUAUAUUUCAGUACAUAUGCAUGAAGAGAUGUGUGCUUCUUUGUAUAUACUUUGUAAAUAGAAAAAAUCCAAUGUGCAUUUCAGUUUAUGGCGAGAUAUUUUUAGAACAUGAGGAGAUUUAACUUUUCACUAAUAACAGUUGUUUAAAAUGCUAUGUUCAAAAGUUUUGCCAGCAUCUGCCACAGUAAGUAUGUUUUCCCAUUGGAAUUUAAACUUUAUGUAAGUUUUUUUUGUCUGGCAACUCCAGAGAAAAACACUCAUUUCUCUAACUGAGUGACCGAUAGCUUGACAGCAAAUUGGGAGGGAAAAAUGAAGAGCGUGCUUUUUAAAUACAUGUGUAUAUUGUGUAUAUAGUUUUUUCUUUAAUUUAACCAAAUUGGUCUUUUUUAUAUUGCUUGUGGCAAGCAAUGUUGUACAUGCCAGUAGAAAACAUACAGUACCAUUGCAUUUAGACUGCCCACAUACCAUGUCUAGGAACUUACAGUGCUGUUUAAAUACUCCUUUAAGGAAUGUAAAUUAAAAUCUUGUAUAAAUCGUUUUGUAAUACUUUUUCUACUUGUGAAUAAAAUGUUAUGUGAACCAGU